UGUUUUUUGUUUUUUUUUUUUUCGCAAAAGCAUCUCUGUAACACCAGUCGAAACCCUAGAAGCCGUUCUCGCCCCGGAGAAGCCGAAACCGUAGCUUCUCUCGGAUCCUCCCCGUGUGCGUGUGUAGAUAUACAUAUAUAUAUGUCCCUACCAAUCACGUCGAUCUCUCUCGUGUAAUUCGAUCAGUUAGGGCGAAAUCUUUGGAUUCCGAUCUCGUUCCUCGCGAUUCGGCGGCAAUGAUCCAGUUUGCUUCGGGUGCAGCAUGUUAAAAGUAUGAGAUGACUCAAUCCUGGGAGGAUAAUGCAAAAUCAUUCGCGGCGUCCGGUUUGCCAUCUAGUUCUCAUCCCGUGUGUCCGCAAUCUUCGCAAUGUGCAAACUUGAGAUGCAGUGGUGAUAGGAAUGUUGUCCGCUUGUUAGCUUUGAGGGAGAUUUCUCCUCGUGCAAAACGAUAUUCCAAAAGGCGGUGGGGAAAAACUUCAGAUGGUGGAGUUGAUUCUACCAGGCUUAAAUUUGGAGUGAUAGACGCAAAACAUGCUCUUUAUUCCUGGGUGGAAUCAGAAUCAUUGCGCCAUUUGACAGCGAAAUACUGUCCCCUUCUGCCACCUCCUAGAUCCACAAUUGCAGCUGCAUUCAGUUCUGAUGGAAGGACACUUGCUUCAACGCAUGGUGAUCACACUGUGAAGAUAAUUGACUGCCAAACUGGAAACUGUCUGAAGGUGUUGAGCGGUCAUCGGCGCACACCCUGGGUGGUUAGAUUCCAUCCUUUGUGUUCUGAAAUACUUGCUAGCGGUAGCUUGGAUCAUGAAGUUCGUCUUUGGGAUGCCCGUACUGCAGAUUGUAUUGGGUCACGCAAUUUCUAUCGUCCAAUUGCCUCUAUUGCUUUUCAUGCAAAAGGAGAAAUUCUUGCUGUAGCUUCAGGUCACAAGUUGUUCAUAUGGAACUACAACAAGAGAGGGGAGGCUUCUUCCCCAACAAUUGUAUUGAAAACUCGACGAUCAUUGCGAGCAGUGCAUUUUCAUCCCUGUGCUGCUCCUUUCCUACUAACGGCCGAGGUUAAUAGUAUUGAUUCAUCGGAUCCCCCAUUGACACUCGCAACAUCUUCUGGCUAUCUGCACUACCCUCCUCCAACUUACUAUUUUGCAAAUACAAACCCAAGUCUCCUAUCAUGCACAGAGUCUAACGAACCUCGUACGCCUUCUCCCAUGGAUAUAUCUACAGAAACAACUGAAGGGCAGUCGAUGUCGCAGCAAACCACCUCCACUGUCAAUUUUCACUACAAUGGAGUGUCUUUUAUGAUACCUUUUACCCAAUCUAGGCCUGGUGUAGCUGGUGCUUCUAUGAGUUUUCCUACCACUAACGGCAGUAAUGACCUUCAAAUGCUUUUGAGAGAUGCAGAGGCCCCGCACCUUCAUCAAUUUAUCUCUUUCAAUGAUCCAUCAUGCUGGGACCAUCCAUUUUUGCAGGGUUGGUUGAUGGGUCAAAACCAUGCUCAUCAUGCAACCGAAUUAGAAAGCUUGAGACCUGAAUCACUUUACAGACGUAAUGCGGAAGCACAAGGGGCUCCCCCAUUGGUUGCAACUGCUGUUGGGAAUUCCAUUACCAGCGGACAACCUGAAUCAGAUCAUCUUCGUUCUAUCAGUAUUGAAUCUGGACUUCCCACAUCAUUGGCUUCAGCAGGAGUUACUGAAAUUCCUUGUACCGUGAAGCUCAGAAUAUGGCCGCACAAUAUACAAGAUCCAUGUGCCCCGUUAGACCCAGACACAUGCCGGCUAACUAUAUCACAUGCUGUCCUUUGCAGUGAAAUGGGCGCCCACUUUUCUCCAUGUGGCCGAUAUUUGGUGGCUUGUGUUGCCUGUUUGCUGCCUCAUACGGAAUCUGAUCCUGGAACGCGAUCAAGCAUGCAACUUGAUGCUGCAUGGGCUGCAACAUCUCCUACACGCCACCCAUUUUCCACUCACCAAGUAAUAUAUGAGCUUCGCAUCUAUUCUCUUGAAGAGGAAACGUUUGGAAAUGUGCUAGCUUCGAGAGCAAUUAGAGCUGCUCAUUGCUUGACUUCUAUUCAGUUCUCUUCCACAUCAGAACACAUACUAUUAGCAUAUGGUCGGCGGCAUGAGUCACUUCUUAGAAGCAUUGUGAUCGACAGGGAGAUGACAAUACCUAUAUAUACAAUUUUGGAGGUCUAUAGAGUUUCUGAUAUGGAGCUUGUAGGAGUUCUUCCAAGUGCUGAAGAUGAGGUAAACGUUGCGUGCUUUCAUCCUUUACCUGGAGGCGGUCUUGUAUAUGGAACCAAGGAAGGCAAGCUGAGAAUUCUUCAGUAUGAUGGCCCACAGGAUGGAUCCCCCACGACGGCAAAUUCUUCCGUGGAGGAAAAUAUGCUCGUGGUUUGAGCCAGAUUGAAGAAAGUUUCCGAGAAGGCUCGUCGACAAUCGACCAGGUUUUAAUUUCUUCAUUUGUAACCUUAGAAAACUUUUAUAUCUGAUUACCUGUGGCCUCAAUUGAACAGUGUAUUUUAAAAUCAAAUUUAAGUUACAACUAGUUCUUGGCAAUAUCAUGAUUCACUGCCUCUUUGCAUGCCCAUUGUUGCGCUUUUCUUUUACGUGGUUAGUGAAAUUCCCAUAAUUUUUUUUCUGCUGUGUUUUAGGUUUGCAAUAGGUAAUAAUUGCAUAUUUGAGGAUCUGCAGUGUUGCUUUGAAUACGUUUUAUGUAAAAACUAAUGGAGACCCUCUCAACUAUGGUCCAUUUUGAAAUAGACCUUUUCUUAUUUGAAUUA